AUGGAAUCAUGGCGGGAACGAGGGUUUGUACCGGACUCCGAUUCAGAGGAGGAGUUUGACAGCCAGGAAUCCCAAAUUGUGAACCGGGAGACGGAGCAUAAUGACCACUCUUUGGAAGAAGAUGCCGUCCCUAAAGAUCACCCGGAAUCUCGGGAUGCAGCAACCCCGGACGAUGACGAGGAAGAACAACCUACCCCCGCAAACCUUGAAGUCGAUGAGAAUCAGUCCGCACGGUCGAGUCCCGAUGCUUUGGAUACAACACAGCCGCCAGAAAAUGAAGACGGAGAGCCCACGCCGAAGGCAAUACCGCGGAGGAACGAGAAGGUUGGACUACAGGAGGAGGACCAAGUGAGGGAGGAGGACGGUGCUGCGGCAUCUCAAGAGCUACCGACCGCUGCAGAAUCCAGUCCGCUGUCAACACCGAAACCCAAGAAGCAGAGAGACAUGUGGGAUGUUCCGAGUUCUUCGCCGGACGAGCUACAGGCCGACUAUCACCCCUUCCUCCGGAAACAGGCCGCUCUGUCGCCGAGGCGGCCCAAUGCUAGUCAGCCUAAACCAAGCGGCGAUGACAAUGAUGAUGAUAUGGUUUCUCCGUUAUCUUCUCCGCCCUCGUCACUCCACUCCCUGCCGCUGAAUGAGGAUGACCAGGUUGACAAAGAUGGAACGCAACCGCUACCGGAGAUGAACUUGGCGGACCUGCUUCCUCCGCUUGAUUCAUCCAUUCGCGCUUCUUCGCCCGUGGAGGAUGCUAAUAGGGAGGAAGUAAAGGACACGGAGCAAUUGUUGGCAGAUGACCUGGCAGACUUGCCCGCUACGCUCGAGAUCCCAGAGGAGAUCCUACAAGAAUUGACUCAGCCGACAAGGAGAUCGCUACGACAACGCAACCCUAUUCAGCUACAUCCUUAUAUGCUGGAGGACGCUAAAUAUCAAAGCCUGAUGAAGGCAAGAGGCGUCAAGCCCGUACGGGUUGCUCAAUAUCAGGAAGCGUUGCGCGCAGCCAGGGAGAGCCAAGGCCAGGAAUUUGUCAAUAAUGCUCCCCCUCCAUCUAGCAGCCCUGUGAUGGAACCAUCAUCGCCCGCAGAAAAGAGUCGCUUGCCUGAAGCUGGCUCCCAGCGCCGAACCCACCAACUUUCUCCCAGCCGGGAAGGGUCUGCGGACGCUAUUAGAGCCCCUAAGAGAAGGAGGAUAGCGAGACCGGCUGCCGACGGCCGUCCUCAGUCCCGGCAUUUGGCUCGCCCUCAGGUGCUCAUUGACAACACCUCCUCUCCCGUGCGUGCAACUGACCGUCCAAUGCACGAUGUCCCUCCGAGUCCACCUCGCUCGGGAAGCCUUUCUCCGCCUCAACCUCCGCAGACAUUCAAUGGGUUCAGGUUCCCCCGGGGCUUCAGCCCGCCGCCAUUGAACACUCCGAGUACGACUUCGAGAUUGGCAGAGAAGGACCAGGACGAUGAGGUGGGCAACCUUGAGUUGUCGGACGGUGGCUUUGAUCAAGAUCCUGGUGAUCUCGACCCAGUAGCGCCUCAAAAUGAGAAUGUCGAUUCGGGAGAAGACGAACAGGAUGUGGAGGAGAGCGCGGGCGAGGACCAAGAUGAAAAUCAAGACGACAGCGCCGUGAGGAGACUGCAGCGCAGGAUCAAAGGCGUUCUUCCAGCCUCGUGGUUACGAUUGGACCAGCAGAAACAGCAGGAUGCCCGUCUUAACUCCACACAGCGAGCGAACGAGAGAAUGGCUAGGAUGGAGAAUACAAAAGGCGUUGCCAAAAAGGUCACCAAGAACACUCUCGGGACUCGUCUUAGCCCGAGAAGGCGGCUUGAAUCACUGCAGGAUCUCGUUGACGGUGAGGAUAGUGAGGAUGAUGGAGCCGGAAGUAAUAUCAACACCCGCCAAGCUCUGGCUGACCUGGUGGGCUUUAGUGAUCCAUUCAACGACCAGGAUCCUGCAGAUGACAUCCUUGAGGAUAAUCGCAUUGAUUACAUGUUCCCGGCCGCGAAGCGAGCAUCUUCAUCUCGAACUGGCAAGCGGGAGAAGAAGCGAUCGAGACCUGAGGGCGGUAAUCGGUUCGAUUAUCACUCUAAGAGGCCUCGCCUGAAAAGACAAACGAGGCUCACAGACCCUGUACGCCCAGUAAGAAGGGAGAAGAAAAGGUCUUCACCUGCUCCUCCUAGACUUGGAAUUUUGGAUGCCCCAGAUGUUGCGGCUCAACCCCGAAGCCAGCAGCCGCAGUUUCUCAGAGUCGCUGCUCGGCGGGUUCGCUCCCGCCAGGAUAGGGGAAGACGAAGUCCUACUCGCAAGAUCUUCCAAAUGAGUACGAGAGGGGACACGGAAGAUGCGAAUAUGGCCUUACGUGACUGGCGUACAGGUCGCCUGCGACAGACUCAGUUGCCGCGGCCUCAGACCAAACCGCAAGGGCGACCGCCCUUGAAAGACCUUCCUACGAACAGAAGCAACCCUUACCAAACUGGCAGGCCUCAAAAUACCGGCACGCAGGUCAUAUCUGAUGCUCGACCUGGAAUCCAGGCUGAAGAAGACCAGGCCGCUAAACCUACCCCAACCACGCACGAUUCGGCCAAUCCAGCUUCCGGAAGUACCGAAGUCCCCGCGUCCUCCAAAAGGCCUGACCACGGCAAUAAAUGGGUUGUUCGUCGAAAUGCUACAGGGUCUGCUUUGAAGAGGAAUGCUCCAAGGCCUGUCCCAGAGUUGGCUAGUUCUGAAAAUUUCCCAUCUCUUAGUCGGUCUCUUUCUCUGCUUAAUGGAAGGAAUUACCAAAGACCACCGCCAAGUGCUCACCAGCUGAAUCCGAUUAUGCGACGGUUUCUCAAAAGUAUACCGAUGCCUGUUGCUGAUGCCCCAGGACCUGUCCCUGCCCAACCAUCGAAUGCAUCGCGUGAUGAACCAUCAAACAAUGCCCGAGCACCGCGUCGGCAAAUACGAAAACGCCCUCCCCGAAGGUUGAAUGUCACGUUGAACGGUAAUCAAGGAACGCUUGCAUUGACCACGCCCGAUACGGAGACUCUGGAUACUGAAAGCAGAGAUAUCCAAUCACCGACCCUGGCUUUGGGUGGCCUCACAGGAUUUCAGAACUCUACAUUCUUUCGCGAGUCCACAUUCAUUGGCAGCGGCGAGUUUGCGCGUUCUCUCGAUCUUGGCCAACGAGAUCUUGACAAAGAUGCUGGCUUUCGUUGGGGUCCUUGGAAUGAUAGUAAUGUUGGCGGGAGUGACGACGUUGAGGUUAUUGAUGAACGGCCGUCUGGCAGUGCAUCUAAUACCUAUAGGGAUGUGGUUAAGUACGUUACUGAAACGAUGACGCUCAUUGACCCCAUAGACAGAGUUGGUCUUGUGCAAAGAAUCCUUACCCUCGCUUCCUCACUCAAUUGCAGCAUGACAGCCCUGACAGCCAAGGUACCCCGUGAUCUGGAAGCGGUUACAAGACUCGCCUUCUACAAUCUGGUGCUCAUCUACCAAGCGUACCAUAUUGCUCGCAAUAGCAAUGGCCUUGUCAACACCGGCGUGGUGAGUGAAGCUUUGGAGCUUGUCAAAUCGGCCUCUAAGUCUAUCCUCAUGAUUAUUUUGAGUCCUGCGGGGCAGACCAACAUUUCCAAGUUUCUAGACAACCAGAAAUCUCGGGAACUGCGCGAGUCGGGGGCAAGAGAUAGCUAUCCUAUUGUCGAGGCCUAUAUCAUUGUCCGCAAGGUAUUGGACAACAUGGACGAUCCCAGGGGGAAGUUCGGCGAUCUUCUGGCCGACGAAUAUUCUACGUUGAGUACCGUGAAGGACGUUGAAAGCUUGGAGGUCGGGUGGCAACGGUUGUUCCACGGUCUCCCUCUGAACGAGAUGGAUGCUUUUGGAAUUGUUCGAGUCGGAUCCCGUUUCAGGGAAAAGCAUGACAACUGGUCAACGAUCAAGCACCUACUCACGCCGGUGUUCCAAGCCAAAGAUCCCGAUUUCCCAUCAUCCAUCUCAUAUAAUAGCUAUUGUCGGACUCUGUUCCAUCGAUGUCACUAUCUCAUUAACGGCUGGGGCUGGCGGGACUGCAAGCCAAUCCUAGACACCCUUUUUGACUUGUUCGCGAAGAAUACUUUGUACAACCUGAAACCAGAAGAUAAUUACUCGUCGCCGGCCUUCCUUGAUGAACUCGACAGCAACCCACCUUUGGAAGUCCAGACAGGCGAACCGUGCUUUCAUAUCUUCUUGAAAAUCGUCGCCAGCGGUUUGCGGUUUCUGUCCAGAGCAUACGACAAGAAGAAGGUCCGGAACAUCACUUGGCGCUUGUUGCCCAAUCAUGGCCGAGAGUAUCCCAAAGAUAAACCCCUCCAUCAAACCGAUUUGGACGCUCUAAGGAAUCACCAUGACCUCCUUUGCACUUUGUAUUCCGCGGUUCCCGACGGAUGUCGUCCUCGACUUGAAACAAUCAAGAAUCUUGUGGACCCUGCCCGAUCUCACCAGGAGACAUGCAGUAUCAGUCUUCGUUCCUGGUAUAGGCUUGCUCGGUUCAAGCUCUCAAUGGAUGAAGACGUGUCCGGGCUAGAACCGUUUGCAGACUGGCACAGCUUCUUUGUUUCAAAACUGUUGGAACAACAUAGCUUGGCCCGAGAGGAAGUGGAGGCCCAAAACACUGGUGAAAACAAAUUCUCUCACCAGCUCAUCGAGCGCACGAUUUCGCAGAAUCAACGACAGAUCGAAUCGCAAUUAAAGACAGCCCUGAAUCUGUUACAGAGCGCGAUCCGAGCGUCUCCCACGUUGGACCAUGCCGAGAAACUUGUUUCCAAAGAACCCGUCAAGGCAGUACUAGGUCUUUUCAACUCCAAGGUUCCCCGUGUGAACACAACUGUAAUCGAAGCCCUCCAGGUGAUCGCGAUCUACCUCGAAAAAUGUCGCUCAUGGCCUGCUGCCGGAGAAGCCCAUGCUCCACCUACAGCCGACGAAGAUAGUCAAGAAUUUGGUGAUUGGGAAGUUUUCGAAGCUUUGUACCCGGAGGAAUCGCCACCCACGGUGACCGUGCCCCGAGGCGUUGAGCACGUUAACAAAGUGUUCUAUCCGGCUGUCUCGCGCCUUGUAUCGAACUGCUUUGGCGAGGACAACAGCCCUGAAGAUGCCAUACUUCUGAGCGUUGUCGAAUGCUGGACUUCUCUCGCAGAGGUGCUUGUGAAGCACAAGUUGAAGCACUGGGACAGCUACCUUAGCCAUUACGGUAGUGACUGUUCUUGGACGGCACUACGGUCGACAAUGCAGACGAGGAAAUUUACGCCAAAAUUCCUCGCAAGCUGUAUCGCGAAAGAUUCUCAGGUCAUUUCUGAAUGCAAGACCCAAGUGUUUAGCAUGUGGAUGUCUAGCUUGGUGGAAAGAGAAUCGAUUCUCAAGUUCCAACAUUCCCUGACCGAGGCUUUGUUGAACCAAGACUCGACGAAUCCCAUUCUGCAAAACCUGCCAUUUUCGAGUGACAAGAUCGACGGACGAUAUUAUAUUGCAUUGGAAGAGCUACGGCAGCGCAGAGUGUCUCUCAUCUCAAGUAUUCUGUCGAACAUGCGCUCACAUCUGCAGGCGCUGGAAGAUACGAACAGCCCCGAUUUCUCGAGGACUCGAGAAGAAUACAAGGAGCUUGUUCAGCAACUGAUGUCUUCGAUGAAGGCGAACUACCAGGAGUUGGGCACCGGGCAAGCAAGUGCCCAGGGUGAAUAUGUGGGCUUUGUUCAUCGUGUUGUCGGUUUCCUGCAACAACAUACCGGAGAUAUCUGCCCGGUUGACCAGUUCUUCACCGACCCGACGUCAUUCCCCCUGCCAUCGACCGACCCAACGUACAUCGUGGCAAAAUUGAAGGGUUACGAGCCGAAGUUGUCCUCUCAAAAGGGUGCGAAGACGUUGAUCACGUUCAUACAGGGCGUCUCCGAGCGGGCCGCUGUCGAUGGCCAACAGGUCUAUUUGGUUGGACAGAUGCACGCGUCAAUGAUGGAUUCGUUUGAAUCUGGAGAUCCGGACAGGCCUACCUUGCGAGCCGUACUUCUGCAGGCUAUAUUCCCGGCUUAUCUCGAGAACGCGUUCACCAAUCCCGCCGCAUGGGUAUUGUGCCGUCCGAUCAUCAACGUCAUAUCUCUGACAUUCAAAGACCUGCUCUUCAGCAUGGACGCCAUGGAUCCCCGCUGCGUUUCCUCUAUCAUCGGCAUAUUCAACGCCGUUUUCCAGUCCUCCUACCGGGCACUGAGAUCCAUCAUCCCCAACACCACCAUGCUCAACGACCCUACGGUCGUGAUCACCGUCGCCUCCUUCCUCGAGAUGAUCACAUCCUCCCUCCAAGUCGUCGACUACAUCGACAAGAUGAGCACCGCAGCCUCCCACCUCGUUUCGCAGAUCCGCGUGUUCCAACAAUUCACCCUCUUCGCCACCUACCUCCACGACCACCUGCUGACCACCAACCUCGACGACCUCAUCCACCCACCCAUCUUCUCAGCCGACGCCAUCACCACGCCCACAGAAAGAACCACCCCCUCUUUCUACCACGAUAUCCGCGCCUCCGUCACCCGCGACCUGCACACCUACCUAACCGAAAGCUGGUCCCGGCACCAGGGCAAAUCCUACUUCACGCGCCGAGGAAACCACCCCCCUCAGGAAAUCCCCAUGGAGCCGGAGGUUGUCGCGGACUUGGAACAAGCGCCAACGAGGACGUUAGAUACCGCGGCGGGCUCGUUCCUGGAUACGCUCAGGGCACUCGAUCUUUUAGACGAACCUGAGGGCGGUACAGAAGAGGACGAGACAGGAUAA